AUGUCUAUUGUUGUCACUGGGCCUCCAUCACCUCCUUGGCAACCUGCUUUGAGCAGAAGUGAACAUCUCAGUAGCUUGAAUUUUGUGCAUUGUGGACAGCUCUUAUCUCAGGAUGUAAAUGCCCUCGGCGGGUUUGGGACGCGGACGACUUUAAAUGGACUGUUGGCCACUGUGUCUGGCUUGAAAUCACGGUACAACAAGCUAUAUAUUGUAACACCCUAUAAAGCCAAGUACAGGCCGAAAACAGCUGACUUUAUGAUCGGGCGUGUCACUAGUAUUCGGAGGGCUAUCUGGAAGUUGGACAUCAACUACAGAUUUCCCGCAAUAUUGCAUUUGAACAAUAUGAUCCUACCAAGCGGCGAGUUGAGACGUAAAAAUUUAGAUGACGAGAUUGCUAUGAGGGACUAUCUUACUGUAGGCGAUUUACUUAGCGCAGAGGUGCAACACGUUCGUAAUAAAGGAGAGGUAGAGCUACAUACAGGACAUGUAAGCGUUGCCAAAUGUGGACAGGGUAUCUUGUUGAGAGUGUGGCCAGAUUUGGUUAGGUCACAAAAAAAGCACAUAUGCGAGAUUUAUGGCAUUCAAAUAGUUAUCGCUGAUAACGGAUUCGUUUGGAUCUCGUCAAAGGCUAUGGCUGAGGCAAAAGGUGACUACGUUGAAGAUAUCACCUUGGCAAAGCGCCGUUCGAUACUGAGGAUUGCUGCUUGUGUGCGGCUAUUAGGCAAACGAUGGAUAAACAUCAGUGAAAAUACUAUUUUGUUUGCUUAUAAGCUAUCCUUAUCGUACAAAAUUAGGGAAAUAGCAUAUCCGGAUGUCUCACUUUCUCUAAUUUCUGAAUUGAGAAAUUGCGAGCACUCUGAAAGAGAAAACUGUCAGGGUUAUCACACUAGUGAAGCAUAA